UCUACACUUCCGCUUCUUCCAGAAAAUGAAUCUCUUAAUCCUUACUGGCUUCAAUUGAUGUGAUGGUCAGUACUUGGCUUUGACCAACCACAAUACCUCUAAUCGAUUUGACCCUUUCUGCCCAAGAUUCAAGCAGUAGUUCGGCAGUCGAGUGGAGGUCAAUCAAUGAAAUCUAGUCCGUGACACCUGCACCGUUCAUGGCUUGAAAUACUUUCUUGUAUCCCUAGCAGACCCCCGUAGUAUGUCGACUACCAGUCGCAAUGCCGGCCAACUUCACUCCUAGACUAGUGGACAUUGCCAAGGCGCUCGCAUCUCCUGGCAAUGUCAACAUCAUCGGGGUCGUGGUCGACGUGAUGCCCGGCGUCUGGAAGUCUCGAGGCACCUCUACCUGCAUUACCUUCACGAUCAAAGAUUCCAACCUGGAAAAUGGCCAUACGUGGGACGGGUUGAAGGUCAAAUACUUCAGGGAUAACGAGGAUAGUCUACCACCCGUCAAAGUGCAUGAUGUAAUCCUGCUGCGCAAUUUAUGGGUCCGGCCAUUACAAGGCGGAACUCUGGGAGUGGCCGCGCAGGAUCGGGACAUCCCAUGGGCCAUUUUCUGUUCGGACCCGAAUUCAAUGGCCAGAUCCUCGCCGAUCUGUGGCCCCCGGCCCUUUGAGCCUGAUGCUGUUGAGAGAAGGAAGGCCCUAUCUCUGCUGGACAAAGUCGCUAGCAUCCACGACUUUCGCAAAGCUUCGGUAGAAGCCCGUCCUCCACCUUCCUAUGUGGUUCAGACCUCCGCGCCGAACUCUAGGUCAUACAACCGCAAGAAAUUCUCGCUGAUCAAAGAUAUCGAAGAGCAGACUUUCGUUGACUUGGUCGGGGAAGUGAUCAAGAUAUACCCAAAUGACAGCGAGAAGGCCUUGCUUUACCUGACCGACUACACCUCCAACAAAGAUCUGCACGACUAUUCGCCGGACAAUGGCGAGGGCAGCGGCGAAGGCUGCGAAGGAGACACCUUUAACUACCAGAGACGAUUUCGAAAAAAGUGGACGGGGCCCGCUGGGCAGUUGUCUCUCCCGGUCACAUUAUGGGAGCCACACGCAGCGUACGCCCGUCAGCAUGUCAAGGAGGAUGAUAUCGUUCUCUUGUACAACGUCCACAUCAAAAAGAAUCGCGUCAAUGGGAGAUUGGAAGCUACCAUCCAUACCAACCGAACCAAUCCUCUGGCGGCAAACGUGGUCGUCGUGCAACCUCACAAGGACGUGCGAGCCCAGCAGUUGAUCGACCGGAAAACCGCAUACUGGGAAUCGCACCCCCGAAAACGAAAGCCCGCUGAGGAAGACAACCAGAAGGCUCCCAAGAAGGUCAAAUCAAAGACGCGGAAGAAGGAAGCCCUUGCGGACGGCCAACAGCCUCUGGCCCCGCCCGUCACCAACCGGGGUCGCUACGAAGCAAACCCUAACGUACGCGCUGGCAACCCGUCAGUUCCCACCCGGAGUCUUGAAGCUAUAAUCGCCUCUGAAGAGCACACCAACCGGUCACCGGACAACAUCGAAUACCGCUUUCCCUUCCAGAACUUCUGCUAUCGAACGAAAGUCCGCGUGGUCGAUUAUUUCCCUCAUGAUCUGGAAGACUUCUCGGUCCCAGUUCCCCGAGCUGCAUCAAGUGAAGGCAGUGACAGAGAAGACAACGGCUUCAUGACUUGGGAGUGGCGCUUCUGUCUCCUAGUCGAGAGCGUGCCUCCACCCCCAGCAGGACAAGCCAAGCAACAAAUCAGAUUGUUUGUCUCCAGGGGCGAGGCAGUGUACCUCCACGGUAUUGAUGCGGUAGACCUCAGGAGAAAUCCGGUCGACCUUGCGAAUCUGCGAGAAAAAUUGUUCCAUGUCUGGGGCAAUCUAGAGGAACUUAAACGAGCGGCCAGAGAGAAAGGCGCUGAAGCACCACAUGAUCUAGGUGCAUUAUCUCAGCAACCGUUCAAUUGCUGCAUUCAGGAAUAUGGGGUCAGGUGCAGGCAUUGCAUUGACACAGUCGAUGUCGACUACGACGGCGGCGGCGACGGCGGCGGCGAUGUUGCCCCGGCAUGUACCCAUGAGGACUGCUUUGGCUGGGAGAGGCGGUUUGCGAUGUUCAUGACCACAAUCGAGGCUUGAAAGGAGCUUGAGGUGACGGUUUUUAUCUUCUUCUACCUUGACUAUACCCUGAACGUCAUGCAUCGAAGGUCAUUUUCAAGGUUUGGCUUGGGUUUUCAGAUCUUCACGUCUUUAAUUUAUUGCAUCCAACCAUCUUGUAUGAUCUGGUGAUGACCUCGGGGGUUAUAUCUAUGGGGCAAUACCUUUAUUCUGGAUAUACGUUACGUUAUGAAUCUG